AUGUUUCGUAGUUUCAAUCGUCGUUUUAUUCAACAUGGACUUCUUUUUUGUACAUCAGCUUUGGGCACUGGUUAUUUUGGACAAUAUAUUCUUAAGAAAAAUAAAUUAAAUGCUGCUAGUCCUGCAUUACAUACACCUGAAAUAUGGUUAGAUGAUUUUCCAACACGUGAAGUUCAAAUUGAUGCAAUGUCAAAUGAAUCUGAAUAUGAUAUUGUUGUUAUUGGUGGUGGUGCAACAGGUUGUGGAGUAGCUGUUGAUGCAGCAAGUCGUGGUCUUAAAGUGGCUCUAGUUGAAAAAUAUGAUUUUAGUAGUGGUACAUCAUCACGAUCAACAAAAUUAAUUCAUGGUGGUGUUCGAUAUUUACAAAAAGCUAUAAUGCAACUCGAUCGUGAACAAUAUCAUAUGGUUAAAGAAGCUUUAUAUGAACGUGGUAACCUUCUUAAAAUAGCUCCACAUUUAUCAUAUCCAUUACCAAUAAUGUUACCUGUUUAUAAAUGGUAUCUUUUACCAUAUUAUUAUGCUGGUAUAAAAGCAUAUGAUUUUGUAUCUGGUCGACAAUUACUUCGAUGGUCUUAUUUAAUAACAAAAAAGAAAGCAUUAGAAUUAUUUCCAAUGUUAAAACAAGAAAAACUUGUUGGUGCUAUUGUUUAUUAUGAUGGACAACAUAAUGAUGCACGAAUGAAUAUAGCACUUGCAUUUACAGCAGCACGUAUGGGUGCAAAUAUUGCAAAUCAUUGUGCAGUUACAGAAUUAAUACAUGGAGAUAUUAAAGUUGAUAAUGCUCAAGGACAACCCGAAAUAAAAAAGAUUAUUCGUGGUGUAAAAUGUUUUGAUCGUUGUCAAAGUAUGAAAAUAUCAUUGAGAUAUGAUAUUGCUUGA